UGCUCCCCCAAUCACCCUCACCAGACCCCCGCCUUCCAGCUCGCUCUUUGACCCCGCCCCGUCCCUGAUGGUCUUGAUCGAGAUGCGCCAAUGGUCCGCGAGCCUAUUCUCAUAUUCUCUGUACCGGCCCGCUGGGUCCUCCCUUCCGUAUCAAUACCACGCGCUGGAAAUACCCCCGUUCAGAGUCGUACCAGCGAUCCCGCCAGUCGCUCGACUCGCGUUUUGUCCUUCAGCUCGACUCCGAACCCAUCUCCCAACCCAAUGCCCAGCCCAAUGCCCAGCCCGACCCCUGUGUCCCCUAUGUCCCCUCCGAGAUAUCUCCUCCGGCCUACUCACAGAUCAGUACCUACGUCCAUACCCGUACCCACACCCACACUCAUGCCCAUGCCCAUGCCCAUGCCAAUGCGAAUGCCUCGGUCGCACCCGCCCCAGGCGAUCUCCAGGAUGAGCAACAGAACAUGGAGAGUCGGAUUUGGUCGUUCUACGACGAUGGCGACGAUGGCGACGACGACGACGACGACGACGACGACGACGACGACAUGCAAAUGGCCCUCACCAAGUCUCCAGAUGAAGAUAUGGCCAUAGACUCUUCCUGUCCUGAUAUGGACGACCAGAGCCCUCAAGGAUCCCUUUCCAUCGCCACGGCCACGGCCGCGGACAGCCAGUACUCAUCGUGCAUCGAGGUCCUCGAUCAUGACCGCGACAAGUUGGCAGAGUCCUUCAGCCACCAUUCGCCCAGGGAGGCGCAUCGCCGCAUUCCGCAGCGAUGGACCCUCCAGGAGUACCUGAUCCACAAGUACUGGGUCGAGGCCUGCUUGGCCAUCAACCACCAGUCGAUUGACCCUGCCUGGUUCUAUUCGGUGCUGGGCAACAGAACCCACCUCCAAACCACGCCAUCAUUCGCCGGCGCAACCGUCGCCAGUCUCAUCAGCCAGCUGGGCUUGACCUCCGCCAAUUACGAGCUAAACAUUGUCUACACGCGCGAUCCAUUCCGGCCUUCUAUUUCUUACGAGCCGCCGCCGCCGUACCCCGAAGACCCUCCAUCAGUCCCACCUCUCUACCCCUCGUGCUCGUCCCAGACGCUAUCGCAGUCUCCUCCGUACCCCGACGAUGAACCGGCCCCGGACUACUAUCCGCCCUCUCCCAGUCUGCACAGCGCUCCCACACCAACGAUCUUCCCCUUGCCUCUUCCGAUGGCAUCCCUCACCACUCCAGUCUCGUCUCCACAAAGUAAUAUCCCACACGAUUGCACCUUUCUCACCAUGAGUAAAUUCCUCGAAGCCGGCAUCACCGAUCCAAGCUACUUUAAUAUGUAUCUGCAAAUGUUUGAAGGAACAUCGACGGCCUGGAAUCCGGUCGGAAGAAUGAUGGAAAAUGACUACAUCAAUGGGACAAAGCUCCUGAACCUAGCAAAACUGCACUUUAGUCGUGGAAAGCGAGAUUCGGCCUUGAAGAAAAUCGAAGACCGUCAAGUCAUUCGACAUGGCUCAGCGAGCCACCAAGGUGUAUGGAUUCCAAUAAGCAAAGCUGUGGGCUUUCUGCGAUACAUCCUCGCCGAGAACCCAUGCCUCAAGCCUUAUUUGGAUGUGCUCUUCAGCGGCAAUCCUGAGAACGAGUCAUCAAAAUACCACCGUGCACACCACUUGGCGAUGGAGCUGCUCAGGAACAGCAUCCUGUGCUGCUUCGUUUCGGACACUUUUUUUCCUUCCUCUUCACCCUUUAUCAUCGCGUAGCCUCGGCGUCGUCGAUUUCUCUCUACCCCCUAAAUGGGCUCACUACUUGC